CCAGCCGGUGCUUUUACCCUGAGCUUGCGUCUGAAUUCGAGGUCAAUACAAGAUGGUUCCACAAUCCAAAUAUCUGUUGAUUGGUUUGCCUGUUGUAACUUUAGCAGGCAUCGCUGCACUUUGGUGGAAACAGCAUGUGAAAAGCCGCUCCUUCAAGGAAGUGGGGAGUGUUACUGGUCUGUUCGUCUACCCGGUGAAAUCUUGCAAGGGUAUCCGUAUGGACAGCGUCAAAUGUUUCAAAGAAGGAAUGGAGUAUGACAGGCAUUGGAUCGUUCUGGAUGCAAAAGGGAACUUUAUUACACAGCGAAAAGAUCCAAAAUUAGCGCUUGUUGUUCCUCAUUUUGAGGAUGGCAGAUAUCUAUGCCUGAAUGCUCCUGGAAUGGAAAUGUUGAAACUGGAAAUACAGCUACCAGUGGAUCAAAGGGAAUUCAAACGAAUAAAAAUAUUUGGAAUGGAAGGAGAGGGCCAGUAUGUAGGAGAUGAAGCCUCAGAGUGGUUUUCUAAAUACAUGAAUAAACCUGGUUAUAAGAUGUACAAGUUGUCCAGGACUCGAGUGAUAAGGACACAUGAUGAAUGGAGUGACAUUGGAGAGGCUGGAGACCAGGCAACAUUUGGGGAUUUUGCUCCAUACAUGAUUCUUGCUGAAGCUUGCUUGGCUUCACUGAAUCAAGAACUUUCAUUACCUUUGGAAAUGGAACGAUUCAGGCCUAACAUUGUGGUCAAUGGCUUAAAUGCAUUUGAGGAGGACAAAUGGGAGGGUGGAAGAAAAUUCAAAAUAGGGGAUGUGGUGUUUCGAUACCUAAACAACUGUGCAAGGUGCAGUCUGCCAAUUGUUAAUCCAAAAACAGGAGAGAAAAAAGGAGAAGAGCCUUUGAAAACUUUGCGAAGAAUAAGGCUUCCUGAGGAUAGAGAUCCACGAUAUGACAGAUCCCCUCUGUUUGGGAUCAAUGCUGCUCCAGACACAGAUGGCAUGGGGGUCAUACGCCAGGGAGACGCUGUCAUGAUUUGGUCUUGAGCCAUCAGGGAAGGAAACAUUCCUUAUCAUCCUUAUGUUCUAUAAAAAGUUUGAUUUCAGAAAGAGCUGCAAAAAAUGCAUAGCUUUUAAAAAGUAAAGACAGCAACUCAAGUCUAAGGUUGUAUUGAUUAUACUGUAACUUUAUCUGGGUGUUCAAAAUCACAUAGUUGUCUACCUUUCCAUAACACACAUUAAAAUCAGUUGAAAACUGUU